GUCUUCAAAGAGUCUCCACAGUAACCACGCAGGAACACGUUGCGAAGCACUGCUGAUAGAAAGACAAAUACACCGUUUUAUAUAUUUUUUUGUGUGUGUUUCGUUUCGUUCAUAAAAAAGGGGAGACGGGCUGCGGUCCAUGAUCACAAAAAUGAGAAAUUUCGAGGCCAUAAAAGACAGAAAACAGGUGAAGACUGAAGGUUUCACAGUGAAAUCAACUAUGAAGAACUCAGUUGUUGUUGGACCCCCUGCAGCUGGUGCAUUUAGGGUAAGACCAGCAAAACCAACUGCAUUUCGGAAAUUCUAUGAGCGAGGGGACUUCCCUAUUGCCCUGGAACAUGACACUAAAGGAAACAGGAUAGCCUGGAAGGUGGAGAUUGAGAAGCUGGACUAUCACCACUACCUGCCACUGUUUUUUGACGGGCUCUGUGAGACGGUUCACCCCUACGAGUUCUUUGCACGACAGGGAGUGCAUGACAUGCUGGAGCAUGGAGGCACCAAGAUUCUCCCCGUCAUCCCACAGCUCAUCAUCCCCAUUAAGAAUGCUCUCAACACUCGGAACAGGCAGGUGAUCUGCACCACACUGAAGAUCCUCCAGCAUCUGGUGAUCUCAGGAGACAUGGUGGGGGAGGCCUUGGUUCCCUACUACAGGCAGAUCCUGCCCAUCCUCAACAUCUUCAAGAACAUGAACCUCAAUUCUGGAGAUGGCAUUGACUACAGCCAGCAGAAGCGGGAGAAUAUUGGGGACCUCAUUCUGGAGACUCUGGAGGUGUUUGAGCGCUAUGGAGGGGAGGAUUCCUUCAUCAACAUCAAGUACAUGGUUCCUACGUACGAGUCCUGCAUGAUGAACUGAGCGGACACUAUACCGUUUCCCCACCAGCUCGCAAACUUAAUCCAGCCUAUGCAAAACUGAUUGUUGUGUACCUGAUUAAAUUAAUGAUGCCUUUUUGUGUUUGUGUUUUUAAACAUAUUUCCUGAUGCUAACAUAUUACUCCCUGGAGAACAAUGAACAGAUAUUUCAUUGAAGUUGUUAAUGGUUUUUUUUCUUCUUUCUUUCUUAGUCGUCUUAAUCAUUUGAUACCACAACCAGGGGUGUCAGAACAAUUCUAGGGGGGACUUUUAUGUUUUAAAAGUGGGUAAAGGCUUUAACACUAACCAAAUUGGCUCUGCUGCCAGCUUCCGAUAUCCCAGUUAAGUAAAAAUUUCACAGAUACAUACUGUAACUACUGCUGCAUUAAACAAACAGCGGUACAACAUCAUUUUAUUUUAAUUGUUUUACAGUAGCAGCUAGGGACAUCAGACUGCUCUUAUUUCAGAUCAUUGAACAAAAAAAAAAAAGAAAAAUGUCAUGUAUUGCAUGGGCUUUACAAAAAGAGCCAGGGGUAAGAGUGCAGUUUAAUUUAUUUUAGCGUGUUCAUCCGAAUACAUCUCACCAAAUUUGAUACAUGCUUACAACCUGGAGUUAACUUCAUUCAUGAUCCGGGUUAGAUUAGAAAAGAAUGAUGUUUGAAAAAUGCAUUUCAUUCGUUUGUGAAGAAAAAUUCAACCAUCCGAUAUGUGAUUAUAUUAUGGUUCUGUUUAUCCAGAAGCCCCAGUAAAUACAAAGGGGGUAAGCAGAUUAUUCCACUCAAUCUGUUUGCCCAGAUGAUCUUUCAAUCUAGUGUUAGGAGACCACUGGCAUGGAUACCCUUGUCCCACUAGAUCCCAGUACUGUACUUCUGUAAAGCAGCAUUCAUUUAAUACAUAAUACCAACACCAAGAGAAUGAGCAGGGAUUGUGUUUACAUGUGGUAAAUAAUGGGUCCAAGGUGAUACUAAAAAGACAUUAUUCUGACAAUUCUAGGAAAAGCGUAGCAAAGUGCAUGCAAUCAUAGUGAAUCCCAAAUAAAUAUACUGUACCAUAGUAAAAUAAUGUACCAUGUUAUAAUUGUGUGUUCUGUGUAAAACACUACAUAACAACUGCAAAUGUACCAGAUUUAUAAGGGGUGAAGGGUCAUAUUGUUAAUAGGGAAUACAGUAGGUGGAUUUUGAAAUGAUAUUUUUCUUUCGUUUUCAAGGUGAUUAAAUCAUUUCAGGGUAUUGCUUGUUUUCUUUUUGUCUAGAUUUAGUGUUCUUAGGCUAUUGAUAUAUCAUAUGAUUUUAUCAUUGACUUUCUUCUGGUUGAGAUCAUGAAGCGUGUCCCCAUGUGCUGUGUAUCAGUCUAGGCUUACCCAGCUCUAUAUGAGGCAGCAAAUAUACUCCCAAACCACCUGGGUACCUUUUUAUAAAAGUGCACUGCCAGAGUCAGAUCCUCCUUUUAUCUUUAAAGCAAAUGCAUUCUGUUCCAUUAUAAAACCACUCAAUAAACCACAAUAAACCACACUUUCUAUUAAAA